AUGGAACUUGACGGAUUUAGAGAAGAAUUGAAAAAAACUAAUGAUACUGUAUCCGAACUGCGACAUUCAGUGGAAUUGUUCUCAGCUAAAAUAGACGAUUACAAUUUAUUAAUAGAUAACUUCAAAGCGGAGCAUGGUGAAAUGAAAAAAGAAAACGAAAAAUUAGCUAGAAGGGUGCAUGAAAUGGAGGUGCAAAUCGUCGAGCUACAACAGUAUAGUAGGAGCAACAACCUGGAGAUCCAUGGUAUACCACAAACACCUAAUGAAGAUGUCUACGGAAUUAUUGAGGACUUGUCAAAAGCACUCGAUUUUGAAAAUGAUGUUUCUAAAAUCGAUGUAGCUCAUAGAGUUCCAACAAAUAACAAAAAGACUAUUCCACCAAUACUAAUAAGAUUCAAUAACAGAAGUGAGAAAAAUAACUGGUUUUCUAGAUAUAAGCAAGUACAGAAGGAUCUGAGAAAAAUGCAACCACCAGGACAACUGAGAACUACAGCAGUCAAUAGGAAUCUUCAAGAUGGGCCAGUAUACAUCAAUGAAAAUUUAUCAGCAUACUAUCGUGGUCUUCUGAUGGAAGCGAAACACUUUGCCAAGGAGAACGGAUAUAGAUAUACGUGGGUCAUGAAUGGGAAAAUAUAUUUACGUAAGCAAGAAGACUCAAGACCUAUCAGACUGGUAAGUCAUGCUGAUCUAGACACUCUAAAGUGUGCUAGUAGAUCGAAUUUGUCGCUAAAAAACAAUAAUGAACGUUAG